GAAAAUGGAAUUCUGUUAAGCUGGAGAUUGAAUUAUUAUGCAUUAAAAUGACUAGCUAUAUGUCGCUGAUACCUAUUUUACCUUGGAUAUUAAUCUUAUGUUCUACAACAGUAGCUCAAGAGGUGUGUGAGGAUCUGGACUCCGACUGUGCCACUUAUGGUUCAGACUAUAUCUGUGUAGGGGAAUAUGUCGCCUGGUCAGCCAUACAUUGUAGGAAGUUUUGUGGAAUAUGCUCAGAGUCCGGAUGUGUUGAUAAGGUCCAGGACUGUGCGGACUACGGGGUCGAUUACGUCUGUCAGGGGGAAUAUCUACCCUGGGCAGAGCUCAACUGUGCCAAGUAUUGUAACUUAUGUUCAAAGGUUACGUCUACUACAACGCAAUCGUCGACAACAGCAACAACACCUACAACAGUAACAACCCCAGUGAAAACAACAACGCCAUCAGCGACUACUUCCAAUUCGGAAGUAUGCGAGGACAAAGACAGUGACUGCGCGGAUUAUGGGUUUGAUUAUAUCUGUCAAGGAGGAUACGCACUUUGGUCGAAGAUACACUGUAGGAAAUAUUGCGGAUUCUGUACAGGUGUACAACCGUGUGAAAACAAGGAUACCGACUGUGCUGAUUAUCCAUUUGAGUACAUCUGUACUGAGGAAUAUAGACCCUGGUCGUCCAUACAUUGUGCGAAGUAUUGUAACUUUUGCCCAACCGCAGAAACACAAACAACAAGAAUGACCACACCAGCUAUUACUUCUACAGUGUCAGCUCCCCCAGCUGAACUCUCUACUACACCAGCUGCUAAAUGUGAAAACACUGACGGUGAUUGUGAAACGUACAAUUUCGCAUUUCUCUGUACCGGAGACUACAAAGAUUGGGCCAAAAUUCACUGUCGCAAGUUUUGUGGCGUGUGCGAAGAAACAACAACAAUAACAACAACAACAACAACAAAAGUAGCAACAUCAUCAACAACAGCAACAACAGAAGAAGUAUGUGAAGACAUAGACAAUGACUGUUAUACCUAUGGCCACAAUUACAUUUGUGUUGAAGAGUUUAGUCCAUGGUCAAUGAUACACUGUCGCAAAUACUGUGGAUUUUGCAAAGACCCUAUUUGCGAAAACGUGGACCCAGACUGUGACACGUACGGCAGGGAGUACAUUUGCAACGAGGAGUUCAAGGAAUGGUCCUCCAUACAUUGUGCAGAGUUUUGUGACUUGUGCGAUGUUAAUGCUACUACAACAAUCGCGGCAACAAGCACAACUACUCAGACAAUAACAAGUUCACCAGCCCCAGCAACGACUUCUACCACAAACGCUACUACUACAACAACAGCACCGACAACAACGAAAACCACGACAGUUCCAACAACAACCACAACUAAAGCAACAACAACACCAACACCAACCAAAACCACGAGUGUUCCAACAACAACUACAACUCAACCAACAACGACAAAAAACAUUCCUACAACCACAACCACAGCUUCCUCAACAACUAGGACUACACCGACAACAACUACAACAAGAACAACCAUUCCUACUACUACAACCACCACUACCUCCACCACUACAACUACACCGACAACAACGACUACAACAAUGCCUACUACGACAACGACAACCGAACCUACCACUACCACUACUGUUGAUCCAAGAGCAGCAUGCAUCAACGUGUUCACGAACUGUUCGCUCUACACUCAAGAGGAUUGUCACCACUAUCAAACUGAAAUCUUAAUGUGGGAGAACUGCCGAGGUCACUGCUUCCUGUGCCUAGAACCGCAUCCUACGCUAACGACAACCACAACCACAACCACUACAACUACGACUACCGACCCUAGUAUGUGA